AUGCUCGACUGGAACGCCACCUCCCGCGCGCUCACCGCCCAACUGGCCAACCCGGCGGACGUAUUCACCCUCCUCUUCCUCGUCGGCGGGGACGUCUGGAAAUACUCGGUCCGGUUCUCACCCGUCGGAUGGGGGUUCACACCCGUGGUCUUUUCGUUCGGGUGGGUGUCUUAUGCGUUCACCACCUUGAAGACCGCAGCCGGGGGAGAGACCCUCAUGCCGGUGUCUACGGCGCAGAACGCGGUAGUGAUGGAAGGAAAAUCGGGACAUACCCGGUCGAACACUUCUUGGGUCAUCGGCAGGCUUUGGAGGGAUUAUCCUGUUUGGAGGGAUAGACGGGUGGAUGGGCUGUUAGCGGACUUGAAGAGGGACAAAGGGAGGUGUUCUUGGGAACAGGCCGGGUUGAUCGUAGGGGUUUACAAGGCAAAGAAGUUGAAAGAGAGCAGACCGGUCUCGGUAAAAGGAACCGGGUGGGUGUUAGGACUGUUCGUCACCCUGUUACAGCUCAUCCUCGCUGUCAUCCCGGUAUCGACACAAGGAGAAUGGGGUACGUUACUAGUCACGAUCACGGGCACGCUCUUAGCCUGGUGGACGGCCAGUCUCCCUCAAUGGCAAGAAGAAAAGUUCCGAGCGAGAACGGUCCGGAGGAAUAGGGAUGGCAGUCUACCCAGCGUGGUUAUCACCCCAGGUAACGGAUCACAACACGCCAUCCUCGUCAUCCUCGAAGAAGGGUCCGUGAACUUGGAAGACCUCGCUACGGGGCAAAACGGCUAUCGACCCAGGGUCAUCCAGGGCGUACCUCUGAUCCUCUUGACAGCCGCUUGGGUGGUCUUGUUGCUCGUAGCCAUAGGCAUCCCGAGCAACAGAUGGUACCUCAUAGGAAUCGGAGCCAUCGGUAUGUUGCAAAACACCUGGGUAGCCAGUUCUCCACGACGUCCCGCCGAAGUCGGACUUCCGCUGGAAUUCGUCGAGGUGGUCGGGAGCGCCGAUGUGGCUUGUGCCCUUGCGCAAUUAGAAAGAACGGACGAGGGGAGAGGAGUAGGGAAACAGCUCGUACAGAUUUUCUUCCCCGGUGGACUGGAGACGGGCCACGAGGACCUUUUUGGAGCGCCCGGGGUCGUCAAGGAUUUGAGUAGUAGGCAGUGGUGUAGAUGCCAGGCUGAUGAUCAGCGCGCGGGGAGAAUGCAAAAGGAUAUCGGUUCUGGCACUUCUUGCUGGGAUACCACGUUGAUUGAACGUCGAGUCAAGGUUUAA